AGCAUCAGAGUCCCUCAGAUAUCGACAGUGCACAGUUACAAAUUUCAAAAGCUCAAUAGAAAAUUGUGAUAACAGAUCAGUGUCUAUCGCACUUUAUAUACCUUGUGAUAUAAAUUAAAAAAAAAGCAAAUUUAUUGCUCUCAUUUGUUCACUUCAGUUUUUCCCUUAAAAUUUGAAUGUUGAUUUGACGUUUCACUGAGAGCAUCUCCACCAAACAGGAAGGGGUUAGUCCCCACAGUGCUGCAUGAUUAUGAAACCAGUGCGGUCAUGUGAUGUCUUCUCUCAUCACCAUCAUGACAAGUUGGAAGUCUGACCUUCCUCCGGCACACAGUUUUCCAUGCAGGGACUGAGGAUUGCAAUGGAGCGGCAGUGCACUUGAGGCUACACUAGGGGCGGAGUUUGACCUCUCAAAAUUUCAAAACAUCACUAAUCCGCGUCGGACAUUCUGGCACAGGCCAAACAUCGGUACAGCAUUUUCAGAAAAAAAAAAAAAAAAAAAAAGAGGGAGAGAAAUUUCGUUUCCUACACGGUCGGUACCACACCGAGGCUGGGGAAGGAGGAGUUGGGAAUGCUGCACGGAUAGUACCGCUACAUGUUCCCCGGAUCUCACAUCUGCAGUGAUUCCUGCCCGGGUUCGUUAUCAGCAUUCCGGGAAAAAGUCGCGGGAUUUGGCGCGUUGACAGCUGGAGCGCCCUGCAGACUUCAGUGGAAGAGACCCGACCGCCACUGUUGGAGCUGCUGUUCAAUGCCCAGUAGCACCUGUCUUAGCCUGCCCUGUGGCUGAUCCUGGACAUGCUUUCCACGAACCGCCGUGGAGGUGCGUGGGGGUGAAAUGGACGGAGUCAGUGGCCACACCCAACGACCAGCUCCCAUGUUCCAGCAUGUCCGGCUGCAGCAAGUCUCCUGCCAAUUCUGGAGAAGCUGCAGGUUCUAACUCCAUGGCAUGGGUGAAGAAGUUCAAAAAAACCGGAGGAGGCCUGAAGAAGUCCUACCAACCUGGGAGCAUGGUGUCCCUCGCGCUAACUAAAGGUCUGCUGAACGAGCCUGGCCAGAACAGCUGCUUCCUCAACAGCGCUGUUCAGGUGCUUUGGCAGCUGGACAUCUUCAGGAGGAGCUUGAGGCAGCUUUCUGGCCACUUUUGUCUCGGUGAUGCCUGUAUUUUCUGUGCAUUAAAGAGUAUAUUCAACCAGUUCCAGCAGAGCAGAGAGCGAGUCCUGCCCUCCGACAGCCUGCGAAACGCCCUCGCUGAAACCUUUAAGAACGAGCAGCGCUUCCAACUUGGGCUGAUGGACGACGCUGCCGAGUGCUUUGAGAACAUCCUGGAGCGAAUUCACUUGCACACAGUUUCAGACACACCAACCGACGCGUGCUCAUCCAAAUCCUGCAUCACCCAUCAGAAAUUCGCUAUGAUGCUUUACGAACAGUUUGUGUGCCGUUGUUGUGGUGCAUCUUCAGAUCCACACCCGUUCACAGAGUUUGUUCAUUAUGUAUCGACCACGGCUUUAUGUCAACAGGUUGACCGGACACUGGGGAAGAACGAGCGUCUCAGGUCAGACAUGUUUGGGGAACUGCUGCAGGCGGCAAACAGCACUGGUGACCUCCGAAGCUGCCCUAGUGACUGUGGUCAGAGCAUCAAAAUCCGUCGUGUCCUCAUGAACUGUCCGGAGAUCGUCACUAUUGGAUUUGUGUGGGACGCAGAGCAGUCUGAUCUCACGGACGAUGUUAUCAGGUCUCUUGGUCCACGUUUAAACUUGUGCGGGCUUUUCAACCGAGUGACUGAUGAAAACGCCAAACGCAGCGAGCUACAUCUGGUGGGGAUGAUCUGUUUCUCCAGCAAACAUUACUCAGCUUUCGCCUAUCACACCAAAUCUUCAAAAUGGAUGUUUUUUGACGAUGCCACUGUAAAGGAGAUUGGAUCCAAAUGGAAGGAUGUUGCUUCAAAAUGUAUCAGGGGGCAUUUCCAACCUCUUCUUUUAUUUUACACCAAUCCUGAGGGGAGUCCAGUUUCUAAUGAAGAUGCACCACGACAAACCACUAUGUGUCCUCAUUACAAAGCCCAAGUAAAUGGAGAUCUGACCAUGAAACAUCCUUUUGGCAGCCCUAACAAAUUUCAGGAUCCCUUCAUGGAGAAUCUACAAAGACCAGUUGAAACAUCAAAAAAGGACAGGGGACAUCGGAGAAUCGAGCCUUCAGCACACAAAGACAUGACACACACAAGAUCUUCAUCCCCCCCAGAGAAUGGGCCCCGGCCUCCUGUAGAGAAAAUAAAGAACUCUCUGCGCUCUGAGAAGUCAUCGAAUCAAAGCAGAGGAUCUCAGGAGCCCCACGGACAGUCGGGCAGUGCACAGAGUGGGGGACACGUCAGAAAGGCCAACGUUUCCCCAGGACGCAAUGAGCAGGUGGGCAGCCACAAACACUGGGAAAAAGGAGGCAGCGGGAGCCAAAAUAGGUCAAAAUCAACUUGGAGACCCAUCAGGGAGGUGCUGAAUGUAGACACGGUGCUGAAUGAACUGGAGCAGCGACGGCAGCAGCAGCAGCAGCAGCAGGACAGCCCGCGGUGCAGCAAGCCUUCUUCCCAGGAGAGAGCGCGCACAGAACCAAGCAGGGAGCGCGAACACGCAAGAACUAGAGAGGAGCGCAAACAGAAGUGCUUAAUGACAAUUUAUGAGGACGAGCAGCGGCACGAGACGGAGAGCCACAGCUCCGUGGAGUCAGAGAGCAGAGCCGGCCAGCAGAGAGGAAGCCGACUCAAGGCCGUUCCCAAGACUCUGCUGCGCAGCGACACCUGGACCAUUCAGAGGACGGAGUCGGGCUACGAGAGCAGCGAUCGACUCAGCAGCGGCUCCACCAAUCCCGACUCACCUGGGGUCGAUGGGUUUGGGCUCAGACCAGAUCAGAGGUUAACACCUGAGAUCCUUUUACAAAGUCAGCUGCAUCAAAGGGAAGCCGAUGCAAAGUCAAGUAUGACAUCAUCUCUUUCCCACAACGGUAAACAUCCAACUAAACCUCAGGGGAACCACGAUCAAGUUUUACUUUCUCAACUAAAGUGCAGUCCAAAUUCAAGACAGAGAUCAAAACACACAUCUAACACCUCUAGGAAAGCGAAGGGUUCAGAGAAGAGCUCGACUGGUUCAGAGAGCCGGCAGAGUGAACACCAGGAGCCGAGUGCCUACCGAGGGCAGAGCGGGGAGAACACAACCCCGAGACACAUCACAAAGACCAGCAGCUCUGAGUGGAACAGCUCAGACGAUCUCGUUCUCUCAGAAUCCGAGGACAGAGAAAGCACUUAUUUGUCCAGUAACAGUGAGGCUGUCACCUCUGACUCCCCGUGCCCUCACAUUGACCUGCCAUACCACCCGACUAGCAGCGCGACAGCAGAAACUCAGCUCGCUGCCACUGUGUCGCCUCACCUCCAACCCAACCUGCAGGCUUCUUCGCUCCACGGCGAAGCGAGCCACGCUGUGUUUCGCCCCCGAAUGCUUCAGGAACCCUUCCCAUCGAGCCCUCGCCUCUCUCCCUCGUCCUACGUCAGCCCCAAAAGGAGGCCCGACAUUUCGGGCCUCCGAACCUUUUCGGACGCGAGCUCGAAGUCGGGCUCGGACCCAGAGAGGAGCACUCAGUCGUCGUGCGAGAGCGAGGAGAGGCUGACGGGGAGCAGAGCGGAUGAGGCGGCACAAGCUCCAGAGGUUUCCCUGACGACGUACUUUAACGUGGACAACUGCAUGACGGAAACGUACCGACUCAAGUACCACAACCAGAGGCCUCUGGUCCUCUCUGCCACAGUGCCAAGGACAGCCGCUGAGAGUGAGCGCAGAGAUAACAGCCACACACUCCCCAGUGACGCACACUCACAUGACGUGCCAAAAGCCCGACCUGAAACAAGCCAUAAUAGCAAUAAACCCACUGCAAAAUGGAAGCCAGUGACAGCCAAAGGACUGGAUGAGCGAGGUUUUUUAUGAGUGUUGACUUGGUAAGUUUUGUUUACAUGGACGGACAGUGCGACUGGAUGCCAAAGAGUUUACAGAAUGGAAAAAAAUGUUCAGAUGCCCCCCGACACCUCCAGACUGGGUGGAAUUUAUUUAUGCAAGCUUGUCACAUAAAUACAACCUACUUCUAAAUGCCGUAGUGUGUUGUUUGACAGAUUAUCAACUAUCAUGUAUAUCUUCCACUGUCCCGUGGUGUUAAGAAAAUGAAAUCUGUUUUCAGUUUGCACAAAGCGUUGUUUAGUUUUUAGUUAUUUUUUUAUGACACGUCAUGGCAGCUUUAUGUCAUUUAGUUUUAUUGGUGGAGGAGCUCUGCUGAAGGGCUGAAGGCUGGACGAAGCUCAAACAACAGCGAAGGCCAAAUGUUUUCAUACCCCUGGCAGAUUUAGCUUUAAUGACAUUUUUAAUAAAGAUGCUUGUUAGGAAAUAUGAAUGAUAA